GCGUGCCUUGCAAUUUUGCCAGACUGCAAACAAUAUUUAUCGCAAAAAUUACUUUUUAAUGGCUAGACGUUUGAUAUGUUUUUCACCGUGCAAAAGUAAGACAAGAUUACAAACAAGUCAAUUCUCUCAGAAGCUUUCAAGAUUGGAUCACAUCCAUAAAUCGGUCAUGUAAGAUACACUCAACUGACAUUUUGCCGUGGCAGUUUUUGUCAAUGUGGAAGAAGCAAGAAGCAUUCUCGAAUACAUCAGCUGAAAGACGAAUGCUGUGCAUCCUGUAUGGUAAGUAACGGAAUACAAUCAAAACGUGGCUUAAAUUCAAGAAUCUUAAGCGUCAAAAUGUAUCACGCAUUUGUUGUAAACUGCCUGACAGUACUGCUCUGCUUUAUACAUAGCCAUGAGUGCUUUAUAAAAAACAUAUCUUCUGGCAUGUAAAUGAGCUGCAAGGCAGCUAUAGAAGAGAACUUUGAAUCUUGAUCCAGAGUAGAGUUCGUUCCAUGUAAGGUAUUAAAUUCAAAACAGUCUACUGGAUUCCUGAUUCCCAGUGGUACUUGGAUUUUGGAUUCCCAGUGCUACUUGGAUUCCAGAUUCCCAGUUGUACUUGGAUUCCGGAUUGUAAUCAUUAGCGGCAUUUCAGAUUCCUUGAACUUAAUUCCAGAUUUCAAAGCUCAGGAUUCCAGAUUCCACUAGAAAAUAUUUCCGAGAUUUCUAAAUCUGCGCAAAAAAACCUUCUUGGAUUCCAGAAUCUGGAUUCCCUCACAUGGUAGCUAGCACUUGUUACUCUCGAUCUAUCGCCCCAUAUGGGGCAAUAGAGUAACAAGUGCUAGCUAGCACCGGCACCAACUUCAAGACAUGUACAAAUCAAUACUCCUUUAUGAGUCAUCUAGUUCAUUCUCUUUUACUUUAAGCUAUCUGGAGUGAGACAUACUAGAUCAGGAAUACCUGUUCCUUUGGAUCCUUCAGGACGCGAGAUGUGUCUUUUGUUUGUUAAAUAUGGAAGGUGUCGCUUCAAGAGCAAAUGUAAAAGAUCUCACUGGACACCCCCUUUACCAGGUGCUUAAUUUAUAUAUAUACUAGUACUAACCAAAAGUUAAGCAGUGCAUUGUGCAUGGUCUCAUGAUGACCAUUCUGGUGAUCAGGUUGGCAAAGGGGUUUUCCUUGAUGCAUGGUGGGACCUAUACUAUCAGCAUGAUGCAUGAUCGAGCCUAAAUUAGCUACAUGAGGUGUGAUUGGGCAUAGCAGUGUGAUGAGUGAUAUACUAUUUUCAGAACACAUGACGUGUGAUUUUCCUUUGAAAUUUCCAUGAUGGUUAAUAUUAUUAUGUAAUUUGAAACUAGAAGCAGAGACAUAAAAAAUUAAUUUACAGUUAUGACACCAACUUCUUGCCCUUUUUUCUCGUUCCUCGACCUGUGAUUUCUUCAGAUCAAAUGAUAAAAGGAUACUUGUUGACGUAGUUAAUAUUUUAUUUUAUUUUUCCGAGAUGCAUGAUAGCUUUAAUAAGAUAAUUGGCGUGAUGCAUGAAAGGUUCCCCCCGCCCCCCUUUGCCACCCUAGGUGACUUAUAGUUUUUGGACACACAACUGCAAAGAUAGUUGGUUGGUCAACUAAAUUUACUCCAUGCCCAACAAAAUCUUAAUACAAUGUGGUCAGACAUGAUGUCCUGACAAAGUUGGAAACAAAGACUAUCAUUUUGCAGAUUAAUAAUAAUAUUAAAAGUGUAGCUUGAAAAAAUGAAAAUAUUGCCAAUUAAACCAAUGAAAUAAAAUACACUGUUCCAGUGAAAACAUAGAGGUUAUUACCUUGCACAGUUUUCAUUUAAGAUGUGCAGUGCAUCCUUGAUUCAGUCUGACUGCAAAAUUAAUUGUUUUGUUUGAUUAAAUACCCUCACUGGUGCCUUUGCAUGCACUUCAUGCAAGAAGUCUCAUAACUUUAAUGAAUGUGAACAGUUUUUGAAGAAAAUUAAUCUCUGAGUGACAAAUAGCCAAACAUAUGCCCUUUCAAGAAAGGGAAAUUAUUGCAGUUCUGGUCAAAAAAAUGUGGAAGCAUUAACUGGAAGUGUGGAAUUUGUUUGUAGAUGAAGAGUAUGCCAAACUACCACCCCUGCCGCCGUACCCACCCCCAUCAGCUUCUAUUGGCAACAAUGUAUCAGGAAGAGAACUUUUAAGUCAUAAUAUUUACAUGAAAGAUGAACAGAGACAUCACUCACCUGUCUUGGAAUCAAUCCAUAACCAGCAUAGAUCUACUGCUUUUGCUGAAAUGACUUGUGGACAGACCAAUGUACAAAAUGUGGCUUAUGUAUACAAGACUUUGCAUGUAAACCAAGAGAAUGUCUACCAAACACAGGAGGUGUCUCCAUUUUCAAUGAGCCAACACCAUCCUGGAGUUGUUUUGGAAUAUGCAUGUGGUGCAAACAGACAAGUGACAAUGGUACCAGUGGUUUCAUGCAUUGAUGGUGUUGAUAUGACCUUAGAAAAGGAAACUCAAGGUUUGCAGUCAAAAGACAAUGAUAAAGGGUCUGCUAUUGAUUCCAAGGCGGUGGCAGAACCAACAGACACACUUAUCAAUAAAAUAGCUGAAGUUCUUUGCAAAAGAAAGUGGAGAUUUGAUUUUGUGUAUAAUCCAGAGUCACAAGCAAGAGGUUGGUACACUUCACAUAAUAAAUAACUGAAAAUAAUUAUUUAUUUGUCCACCCUGGACCUAGCCUACAAAGCAGGCAUAUUUUGCAGUGCAAACAAUGAUUCUAGGGGAGAGGUUUACGGGUCAACUCCUCGCCUCUCCUUUUUUCCCGCCCCCUCCCUUAGUUUUUCAAUGAUGGUGGCCACAAUCAAUGUACUUCUGUGUCGCGCUUUCAUCAUAAAAGCCUACUCUGUGGGCUACAUGUACCCUGGACCCUUUCUCUGAGUGUACAGCUGUAGCCUGGGAGGAGGCUUUUAACCCCAGGGUGGGGUGUGUGUGUGUGCCUAAGAAAGGGAAAAGAGUGAAAGCUUGCAUCUUUUCACUCACAUCUCAGCCUGGAUUUUAUUCUACCCACCUCAUGGGUACCCUGUAGCUCUGAUUACUGAACUUUCUGUUAUGUAGACUGCUAGCAGUCCACAAGGACUAAUGCUAAAUUGUUUACAGGACACAUCUCUUAUGUGUAUGAUGUUAAAUCUUUUGUUUGCAGGAGAAGGCUGGACGUAUAAGAGCAGCAUUGAUCAAAGUUACCAGCAGUAUGGAGCUUACUAUGAUCAUGUUAAAAAGAAGCUGGAAUUUCAAAACCAACCAAAGAGCAAGGUAAAUGUUAGAAUUAACUCAUAUAAAUCAUCAUCAUCAUCAUCAUCAUCAUCAUCAUCCUUAUGUCUGGACUCGUGCCAUACACUUCAUCUCUUCAGGCAAUGGGGGGUUGACUUCUUCGAUAACACUGGAAAUUAGUGAGGAAACGUCAAUUUUGGACUAUCAAUUUAACUUGAUCACCACUACAUUCUCAGUAGCUGCUUAUUAGUAAUGAAUAUUCAACGUAGAAAUGGCUACAAAGCUUUACUACAAGAAAAUGGACGAAAACAAUCAGGGUCUAGCUUCAGUAGAAACUUUCCGGAGUAAGGCAUAUAGUUUACCAAAUCAAGCGCACCUCGUCAAGUGUCCCAAAUCAUUUUCACACAUUUUUUUAUGGGUAUAGCUAGGCAUUCAUCUCUCUUAUCCUUACCACCAUGUUUUUUCCAGAAGCAGUAAUGGCUUUUGCGUAUGGCAAAACAAUGCAUUUUUUUAAUAUGAAAAAAGUGGAGAUACUUAGGGAGUUUCGUUUCGGCGACUAACGACGCCGUUAUCAUAAAAUGGGCAAAUGAAAGCGAGUUCAAAAGGAGUUCAGCUUCUGUAUAUUUACAUGAAGGAAGCUAAGCUAGACAAAGAUGUUGUUUAUUCAUCUUUGACAUGUCAGGUAUGCAGGUGUUCACCAGUGCUGGGUGCUGGUAGUCACACCCUUGGGUACCCGCUGUUCAUUUUCCCAUACCCCUAGGAAACCAAUCCCGGAAGCAUUUGAAUUACAAGCAAGAAUUCAAACGCUUCUGGGGCUGAUUCUACAUUUGUAUGAGUAAUUAUCCCAGGGAUAUCCCGUCCGAUCUGCCUGCCCUUUUUCUGGUGGAUACCCCAUGUAAUCCGACCCUGGUAAGCAUCACCACCCUAAUGAUCAGUUUGCCUGUUUAAGGCUUAUUCUCACACGCUAUUUUGUGUUUUUUUGGUUGUUUUUUUUUUUUGUAGGUGGAGAAAAAGAAUUUUAAGUUUUUACGAAGAGCCCAUUGGAAUACCUGCCAAGAACUCAAAGCAAGGCUGGCAAAACUUCCUCCAUCGUACUCCCUGAGGGUCGAUCUUUCCGGAGUGAACUUCAGCAGGCUGCGGCCAUAUUUUUAUCUUUUAGUUCAUCAGGUACAUUGAUAUUUUAGUUUUUUUUUUUCUUUUCAACUUCUGAGAAUUUAUUUGCCAAUAAACACAGAGUCUCCAGCAAAGACAUUAUGUGAAAUAAAAUACUAAAGGUUUUUACGGUUAUUUUCUGCUCACCUUUUAACAUUGUAUUUCCCACCAUGGUGCAGCCAACAUUGUACAAAAUGAGAACGUGUGUCAGUGACCAUUAUCCUCUUCAUUAUCCUCCUUUGUCUGGUGUAGCAUAAAGAAGUCGGGUAAUUUUGCCAAGAAAAGAAGUUUAUGUACUGAGACUACUGAGAAACUGAUCAAGGAUAAAUUAUGAACAGAAGACCAUGGUAGGCUAAAGAAACUCGGCUGUCUGGUAUUUCGUAGAGACCUUUUGUAAUGGUUGGUGAGCAUAAGGUGAGGGCAGCAUGCAGAAUAUGAUCCUUAGUAUUGGACAUUACUGGAAACUGAAAACCCCUUUGAGCUUUUGAGAGUUUUUGCCCAAACAAUGGAAAUUGUACAAGUCUUUAAGUCUUAAAUUGGGUGAGGUAGUUAUGGGUGAAUUAAGUCGUAAUCGUCCCUUGCAACCAAGGAAACUAACAAACGAAAAUGUAGUGAGAUUGAAAAUGAGUUUGGCAAGGGUAAAGCCAUGUUAUCCGUCUAACACUGUUUCUUUGCAGUGCUUCCACGCCCAAGGAACAACAAAAGAUCACUGGAAGCCUUUCCCGUUUUCUUGUUUAGUUGCUGAGACGUUAAUUGCCUUGUUCGCCAGUGGGAACACAUCACCUGCAGAGGCGGAGAAAAGGAUGCAGGACUGGUGCGCAAGGCCAGUCAGGGUUAGUAACAUACAUUACCUUGUUUAUAUAAUCUAUAGCUCAGACCAAGAAAACUAUAUAAUGGGAGAGAGAGGUAAAUGCCCAGUCUAAUCCCUUGGGACAUAUGAAUUUCACCAAAGUUUUUUGGACCAAUUAAACGCUUGAAAUCAAUCGGAAGUUGGUUUCCGGAGAGGUCCGCAAACUUUUUCCCCGCGUUGUCAAGAGAGAAAAAUGGGACAUUAUGCUGUCUUGGUGUGUCGCCAUCACAAUAUUGUGCAUUGUUUGCUUUGAGACAGUCGCGCGUGGAAUCGAUAGCCUUUCAAAUAAUCGAUUUGAUUGUUGAUUGUACGCACGUCCCAGGACGUGGACUUCCGUUAAAUUACAAUCUCUAAAAAUAACUUAAAUGAAUUUCACAUAUCCCGGCCAACGGUCCAAGAUUCCUCUCUGUCUUAUUAUUUUUCUCUCGCUCAAACAGACUAUAUGUUAACCCCAACAGCUUUUAUUUCUUACUGUGAGUCUUUUACCAGUUCAUUAUAUCUCCCUCCCAACACAGGACGACCAGGACAGGUUGCACCACUCAGGGUCCCCCACUGAGUGCCUUUCGUUGAAUAUUACAGAGCUGUAGAUUUGAGGACGAGGACGACUACGAGUACGAGAUUUCCUCGAAGUAUUGCGUGAGUCAGCGUCAUUUUGCGGGAAAACGUGAUAGCCGUCGUCAUUCUUCAACGGGAUUUAGCGAGAAUGUCGUAGUGGCGGAAAGAAGUUAUCAAAUCUAAGAAGUUUUAUCUUUUUGCGAUCGAGAGAGUACUUAGCCUCCUUCAGUAUAAAUAACCGUACUAAUUUUGUUAGUGAAAAAAAGUAAAAUGAAGCUUUUCAUGGUGUCGAUACCUCUCCGCGAUUGCUUCCGUUUUAAAGCUACUAUAGCUAAACGAGAAGAAAAGAAUCAUAAUAAGGAUUUGAGGUCACACCUGGGAGUCGAAGUCGGGACCUCUUCACUUGCAUUCACCACUGUAGAAACGAUAACGGAACUAGAGCCGAAGUGUGUCCUGUAUUUCUGCGAGUGUUACUGGGGCCGCGCCGGUCAGCGAUUGGCCAAUUUUUUCACGUCUCUAGCAACAGUCCCAGAAGUCUUUGCGAAGGUGAACUUGGCCCAGUUUCUUCGUUUCUUAAGCGGCGAAUAGAACGCUGCGCACUGACCAACUGUGCCAAUCCUUGCCCCUGUUGAACAAAACCUUAUGUGGCGCAAAUAUUACGUUUAGUCCUUCCUCAUCACCUCUGUGUUCGUUCCUAGGUGCGUCAGUGUGUUUCACACAUGUGGAGCAUUAUUGUGAAGUCUUCAAUGUCACUUACCGGAGUUGCACGGGAAGUGCUGAACUGUGAGCAGCAAGUGUUUUCUAAGAAACCGUAAGUUUCUAAGCAACUAUUUUUGGCAUUUGCUGUGAAAACCUAACAAUGCCCAUCCUUCUGUGCCUUCAGUGAACUUUCGAACACGGUAUGGAAGGUGUAUGCCCGAAACGCGGAAACCGGUUAUUGCUUUCAAUUGUUCACUCUGAAGAGUCGGGCUGAAAAAUGCUUAAAUUCUGGCUCAACCUUUAUGCACCAGCAUUGCAGAAAAAAUGGGAGGUGCAGCACCUCAGUUGUAUUAUGGCAUAGUUAUGACUGGGAUUAAAAACAAAUGAGAGAAGUGUGACGUCACGUUAUCAUGGUAGCCAAAUUUCUUGAUCUUGACAAUCUAUCUUGACAGAGAUGGCCAUUUGCAUUGUCAAACGAUAAAAGAAACGUAUGGGCUACUGUUUUGUCCUUGACUGUAAUCAUGCACAUUAAAGUCAUACAUAACAGUUUUUUUUUUGUUUUGUUUUGCCUUUUUUUUCUGCCAUAUUUGCAGGACCACGAAAUUUUGCUUCCAUGGCAACUUAACGUGACUUCUCUUCUCUACUUCGUACGGGGAGGUCGGGAUCCGUUUGGCUGGCUUGAAUGUGUGUUUUUGUCAUUUUCAAAACGCGCAAAAGGAAUUAGGGAUAGGUGAUGUGUUAACGCAACAGCUUCAAAAUAAUCUUGACGGCGUAACUUCGGUGAAUUGUGUCGGUAGAUGCAAAGUGUUCGGGGGAUCUGUUCAAAAAGUUGCUCAGUCCUAUUUUGGAUUGAUGUUAGUUUCCCGAACCAGGGAUGUUACGCAGAUAGAGUAUUAGCCUGAAGCCUAAGACCGAUCUGAAAUCGGGUUUCCCUAAGAUCAACCGUUUCGCUGAGUUUGGGGCUACAGAAACCGGCCGCUCUGUACGUUACUUUCGUCCUUGGUCCGAAUACUAUUUAUCCACCAGGCUUCCCUGGUUUUCGAUAUUUCCAUUUGUAAGUUUUCUGUGGAUUUUCACUGUUGUUCUGAUUGAAUGGAAUCACGAUUGGUUUUUCCCCCUGCAGAUCCGCCUUGGACUACGCCUAUGCUUGUACGUUAUCAGGACCUUUAGUAAAGGGAGACACAAGACACUUUGCUCACAAACAUACUCCAAGGAUCAUCCAAUCGGUCAAACAAGGAAUUCAAGCUGUUAAGAGAAAAUCACUUUUACAAUCGAAAAGAACAAAUUUAUCACCUUCUACACGCGAUGGAAAUGUUAAUUUAGGGAAAAACGGCAGGGCGCUUUCUAAAACUCCGGGUGAUGGAGCGGAAACAGCGAAGGGCGCAACGGGGAAGCGAAAGAAAAGAAAACGACCUCAGCAUCUGUCGCUGCUUGACGAACAAGGAAAAAGAGAUUUGUUCAAGCGAUGUAGGACAAUUCUUGAUGACAGCUGAGACAAGUUGAAACUACAACGAUGAUACUAGUGAUCAAUAAUAAAUUAGAACUAUAUUUUUCGAUACAAAAAAGUACCUUACAGCGUGCUUUCCUGAACGCAAGAAUGACAUCCAAUUACCGUGAUGUAUUUGAGCAGCUCUUCGAGUGAAAUAAAAUAUUGUCUAGGAACUAGCAAAAACUGUAUUAACUGAAUUUUUAAAGUAAAACUUAAACACUGUUAAUUCUUAGUGA